AUGAGCUUCGGAUACGGAACCCAAGAAUUCGAAGUUACGACGGAGCGCUUGGGAUGCUACCAGCCCACCGAGCAUAUUGAUAACCCACUUGGAUACGCCGAGGGUGAAGAUGCGCGCAAUUACGACCGUCGUCUGCGUGGCCCCAUCGACGAAGAUCGGGAACUUUCUGUUGACUACCGUACUGGAUUGAAAAAUUACAUCGCUAACGAGGAUGCGGGUAUCGAUACCUCGGCUGCUCUCAUUCGUCGUGUUCUUGGUCGCUCAAUUCAGCUCGGUCGCCGCUAUGGUCAGUCCGGAGACAAGGACGAUCUUUAUGAAGCCCUUCGACUUCUGGGAACUGGCCUGCACUGUUUGGAGGACUUUGCUGCCCACUCGAACUACACAGAACUCACUCUGAUUGAACUCGGAGAGAAUGAUGUCUUCCCUCACGUCGGACGUGACACUAGACUGGAGGUCGAGGGAGCUGGAGAGGUCUAUCCCAUUGUGACUGGUACCUUUGGUGGUGUGGAUUUCUUCCACUCCGUUUUGGGCGAACUGUCUGAUAAGACAAUGCAGUCUGAACUGCAGUCGUUGGAAAACGCCAUCACCGAGUCGGACAACCAAGACGCCUCCGAGAGCUUCCUGCAGAACCUGCUAUCCAAGAUCCCCGAGGGUCUCCUCGGUGAUAGCAAUGACCAGACCGACAAGAUGGAUGACUUCAAGUCUAAGGCCGAUGACGCUAGACAUGACAGUCAGGAUAUCAACCCCCGCGAGCCCGAAGAAUGGACUCUCUACCUAAACAAUGUCCAGAAGCAGAUCUACCCUGUCCUCGAGUGGCACGACAACCUCUUGAAGCGCAUCAACGAGGCCAUCGAAAAGAUUCCAGUCCUGCCUGAGCUCAUCGAACAAAUCCAGGACCAGAUCACCGUCUUUGUCUUUUCCAUCUUGGCUCCCUAUGUCCUGCCCAUCAUCAAGCAGGUCAAGUCGGAGCUGGAGACCGGCUCGUCAGAGGUGAUUCAAAGCAGCCGAGAGCAACAACACAUCGUCUUCAACGAUGACGAGUGCUCCAACCCUACCCACUCCAUGCUCUCCAAGGACCACUUCUCUAACAUCCUCAACGAGCCAGCUGGACGUAUCGCAUCCGAAGUUGUCAAGUGGUCCGUCCCCCAGCUCAUGCAAUGCUGGGAUCACGAAGAUGCCGAUGUCGACCGAACUCUCGACCGAAUCAUCGCCGGUGUUUUCCACCAUCCAGCUCACCGCGAUGCAGGCCGCGACGGCGCCUCCGACAUGCGUCAAAUCAUGUUCUCAACAGUUGAAAAGUGGUGGAGUCAGAAGGAUGACGACGAACGUGACAUCCUCCGCGACCAACUCAGCCGUGAUGGUGUCCAAGAAGGCCGCAACCACAAGGACGGUGUUCAGGACUGUGGUCACGGAUGUGGCAAGCCUCUCGCACUUCCCAAGACCAACGGUGGCGGCUCUGGUCAGGACUCUGGUAGCUCCGCUAUCGAGGGAAUUGCCUCCGAGGCCGUGGGAGGCGGCGCGCUGGGCGGUCUGCUCGGUGGGAUUGUAGGAGGCAUGGGCUCCAUGCUUCUGAACAACAACUCCAAGCCUGGACGGGAGAGCCCAGAGCCCCAGACACACUCCUAUGACAGUGGAAAUGACUACCAGAGUCGUCCGCACGAGAGUCAGCAAUACGGAGGAGACUCGUACGGCCAAGUGCAGUCUCGUCCUGAGUAUGGCUACCAGGGAAGCUCGGGCUACGGUGCCCCUGCUCCUGUUCACCAUGAAGAGUUCCGUCCCACUCCUGGUGGAUAUGAAUACUCAAGCGAAACCACUUACGGACAGCCCCCUGUGCGUCGUGAUGAGUACUCUGGAUAUGCGCCACCUGCGGAGAACUACGAACGCCAGGAGUACCAUUCCCGUCAUUCGGAGAGCCAGGGCUAUUACCAGGAAGAGAGACGUGAGACCUACCAGAGUAGCCACUCUGAAUACCGCACGGAAGAGCAGGUUGGCUACGGAGGCCCACCCCCUGGCGAUGGAUAUGGUGGUGGGUACGGCGGAGGGUACGGCGGAGGAUAUGGCGGACCUCCUCGUGAGCAGUAUGGAUACGGAGGACCUCCACCCCCUCGCGAGUAUGAACAAGAGUCCUACGGAAGACCUCAGCCUCGCUACAACGAGUUCGAAGGCUCCGGCUAUAGGCCCCAGGAGGGCUAUGGUGGGCAGUACGAGGGUGGUGAUGGAUACCGUGUCGAGCGACGCUAUGAGGAGCGCGCUUAUGGCAGUGGCAGUGACGAGGAGCGUCACCACCAUCACCGCCGCCAUCACCACCACCACGAACGGUCUGGUUCAGACUCGUCUUAA